AUGAAUACGAGAAAAACUGAACAGGUGGUGUUCUAUACUCAGCAUUUGAAGCCGGAUCAAUUGUGCAAGGAGUACGGCGAGGCUGAAAAUCGCAAGGAGAAUACGUGUGAUGCGAAUCCAUUGUUUCGUGAUCGAAGUGCCGAAGAAACGGAAGCAGCGCACGAUUUAUUAUCAUUAUCUCAAAGCCUUCCACCGUUGCCCUCGUAUCACAUUACUGCGGUCGCGAUUUUAAAUCCCGAUCAGAACACCAAUUAUCAAACAAAUGUUAUGCAAGAAAUUAAACCUGUCUCCAGUUUGCACUCGACGACAAAGGCUAACAAUGGUAUGGAUCGACUCACAUCGUCACCGUCAACUUAUGAUACGAUAACGACCAAUAACUUUGAGAUUUCAUCUCAGAAUAUUUCACCAUUGACGCCUCCUACCUCUGAACAUUCAUCUGAUGCUGAAACAAUUGGCUUGUCAUCGUCGUCAUCUUACGAUGAUAAAUCAUCAACUAAGUCGAAGAAACAUUCUUUGCUGAUGAAUGCGUUGAGUAAGAAGACGCCUUAUCCGAAAACGUCUCCGGCAGCCGAACUUUAUACUUAUGAUGAUUUGCUAUCAAGUGAUGGUCGAUCGAAGAAGAAACGAAAAUGUUCCUCAAAGUCUGAAUGCGAUGACAGUGACGAUCGAUCAGGAUCGGUUGACAAUGAUAAGAAGUCGAAUAAUAAGUCAGACAAGUCUAAAUAUAAGUGCACUGAAUGUGGAAAACAAUAUGCAACGUCGAGUAAUCUGUCACGUCAUAAACAGACUCAUCGCAGUCUCGAUUCUCAGUCAGCGAAGAAAUGUCACACGUGCGGUAAAGCUUAUAGUUUCAAAAGCUCGCAGCAGUUUUGGCAGAUUAAACAUAAAAGCAAAGAUCAACUAGAUACCACAUGA